AUGUCCGACCUACAAGCCUCACCACCCAUUGUGCUCGGGGCCGCCUACAUCUGCGCAGUCUGGGCUUGCACCGUGAUUGGGGUGCAGCUAGUCGGGAUAUCUACGUUAUUCCGUACAUGCUCUUCUCCACCGCCCCGGCCCAUAUCGCCCUCUUUAGACGACGCCCAGGUGCCACACAUUACAAUCAUACGGCCUGUCAAGGGACUCGAGCCCGGUCUCUACGAUUGUCUCGCCUCCACUUUCCGCCAAGUCUAUCCCCGGCAAAAGCUGAGCCUCCGCCUGUGCGUUGCCUCGCCCGACGACCCGGCCAUUCCUACCAUCAAACGGGUCAUCGCCGACUUUCCCGGGCUCGACAGCCGCCUCCUGAUCGAGACGGAAGAUCCCCGGCUCCGCGGCUCACACGGCGCUCUCGACCACCUGGGGCCCAACCCCAAGAUCAGAAACAUCAGCCGCGCCUAUAGGGAGGCCAGGGGAGACCUCGUAUGGAUUGUGGACUGUAAUGUCUGGGUGGGCAGGGGAGUCGCCGGCCGCAUGGUCGACAAGCUCUGCGGUUUCGGUCCCCGUGGUCAGAUCCACACCCCCUUCAAAUUCGUGCACCAACUUCCGCUCGUCGUCGACGUCGACGUGCCCGACCACCAACCGAUCCCCGAGACCCGGCGGCCAUUGUCACCCGAUUCCGACCCGGAUUCCGGCCUGCGCGACGGGCUUCGCCCCGGCCGUGGUGCGGGGGGACGCCUCGAAGAGAUGUUCAUGGCCACCACUCACGCCAAGUUUUACAGCGCCAUCAACAUAGUCGGCGUCGCCCCGUGCGUCGUCGGCAAGAGCAACAUGUUUCGCAAGUCUCACCUCGAGCGUCUGACCGAUCCGGCGCAGAACCCUAUCCUGUCCCCGGCCGAGGCCUGCCGAGGGCGCGGCCUCGACUUCUUCUCGUCUAUCAUCUGCGAGGACCACCUGAUUGGAGAUCUGCUGUGGCGCUCAUCGCUGCCUGGAUUCGCCAAUCACGGGCUCGUCUACGGCGAUGUCGCCAUCCAGCCCAUGGCCGGCAUGUCUAUCGCCGCCUAUGUUGCCCGCCGGGUCCGAUGGCUGCGUGUGAGGAAAUGGACAGUCAUCGCCGCCACCCUCGUGGAGCCUGGCGUCGAAUCAGUGCUGUGCUGUCUCUACCUGGCCUUCGCCAUGACCACCAUUCCUUGGGUCCAUCUCCACACAGGCCUGCCGCAGACAUGGGCGGCCAUGGGCGCCUUGUGGCUCGCCGCCUUGUCUGUGUGGAUGCUCGCAGACCGGUGCGUCUACAUCCGCUUGCACGCCUGCCGAAGCGUCGAGCGCGACGAUUUCACACCGGCCUUUGCGCGCGGUGGCCAGCACAGGCCGUUUGGGUGCUGGCUACUGGCUUGGCUAGGGCGCGAGCUUCUCGCGCUCCCGAUCUGGACUUGGGCGGUGCUACUGGGGGCGACGGUGAACUGGAGAGGGGAGGAGUUUAGAGUGCGGACAGAUAUGUCCGUCGUGAGGAUAAAUGCCAAACAAGUCGAUGAUUCGUCCCGUGCUGUCCGCUCUGCCAACGGCCAUGCGCAGUCGGAUCGAUGGGGAAGCAAGGAUCGCGUGGACUGA